AAAAGUAUUAAUAUAUAUAUUUAUCUAUUUCUUCAAGUCAACAAAUAGUCCCGGUUUUCUCUAGCACGAAGUAUCCUCCGCUCCUCUUUCUUUCUCUCCCAUUUUCUCACUUUCUUCUUUCCCUGGUAACCAUAUAUGAUGGGUGGAAGUGCGAUAGAUGAUGAUUGGGAGUUUACCCCACCUUCCAACCGAGUCAGGACUGUGGUUUUAGUUGGACGUACGGGCAAUGGGAAAAGUGCUACUGGCAAUAGUAUUCUUGGAAAAAAGUCCUUCAAAUCAAGGGCUAGCUCAUCUGGGGUUACUAGUACUUGUGAAUUGCAGAGAACAGUGCUCAAAGAUGGGCAAAUUGUGAAUGUCAUUGAUACUCCUGGGUUGUUUGAUUUUUCAGCUGGAUCUGAAUUCAUUGGAAAAGAAAUUGUCAAAUGUAUUGAUCUUGCCAAGGAUGGAAUCCAUGCAGUUCUUGUUGUUUUCUCGGUUAGGACCCGCUUUUCUCAAGAAGAGGAAGCUGCAUUGCAUAGUUUGCAGACUUUGUUUGGAAGCAAAAUUGUCAAGUACAUGAUUGUAGUGUUUACUGGUGGGGAUGAGCUUGAAGAAAAUGAAGAAACAUUGGAAGAUUAUUUGGGUCGUGAGUGUCCACAGCCAUUAAAGGACAUUCUAGUUCUUUGUGAAAACCGACUUGUACUUUUUGACAACAAGACUAAGGAUGAAACCAAGAGAGUAAAACAAGUACAGGAUCUUCUAUCACUUGUGAACAUGGUCAUAGCGCAGAAUGGUGGCCAACCUUAUUCUGAUGAGUUGUUUGUGGAACUGAAGAAAGGGGCAAUGAAACUCCGUGAUCAACAAGAAGAGGUUGCUGCAUUAAAAGGCUACUCCAAGCGAGAAAUAUCUGAGUUUAAGGAGCAGAUUGAAAGAUCAUAUGAAGAGCAGCUUAUGCGAAUUACUGAGAUGGUAAUGUGA